AUGGGCCGCAGGGAUAAGAACAAGUCCAAGGAGUCAUGGGACGGCCAAGGACGCAAUCCUUCCGCAUAUUCCUUGUGGCGUGGAGCGUACUCUUCGCCAAGUGGGCGGAACCCCAAGGCGUGGAAGGACUACUCAGGUUGGGAAGGAACGACACCUACCUUCCCGGCUUUCGACGCAGGAGGCUACAGCAAUGCCCCGCCUCCGCCCGCGGCCGAGCCCAAGGAAUAUGGCCCUGGAGAGUACUUGAAUGUCUUCCAGCAGGCCCUCAACCAUGCCAGGCGCGCGGAGCAGAAAGUUGCGCGCAUGGAAGGUGCGAGGAAAAAGAUGGAGCAACAGUGGGCUCAGUACGAGAAAUCCGCUCUCGAGGCCUUUGCGCGAGAGAAGCUCCGGUACAAGCAGAAAAUGCAGAAGCUCGCCAGCGACUUGCGCGAGGCGGAAGCAGCCCAAGACCAGGCGUGUCAAGGCUUGCGGGAGGUGCAUCUUGUGGACGCCAGGCAGGCGCGCCCUGUAGUGAUGGAGACCGAGCUUGUCGAUGCCGAGACAGCAGACCUCUUUGCCAGAGCUGGGGAUGUACAGUCGGACUGGCAGGGUAUACUUGCACGUGCCUUGAGGUCCUCUCAACCCGCCUGUACACCUACGAGGCCUCCUACCACGGCUCCCAGAUCUCCCCGGACCGAGCCACAGAGCAGUGCACCGCGGACCGCCGGGAUGGAUGCACAUCAGGGGGUCGAGGCUUUCGCCCGUCACGAUCCUUACCACCUGCAAGCUGCACCCUCACCGCCCAUGGUGAAUACUGCUUCUGCUGGGCAGCCACCGGGCUUGAGCCCCCAAAUCCCGAAGCCUCCUGGCCACCACCCGGGACAGAGGGUUAUGGAAGAGCCCAGGGUCCCUACCUCGACAGCUCCCCCGCGCAUGGGCAUCAAAGAAGCCACCAUGGCUCCCAAGCCUCCGGAAGCUCAGCACUCACAGCUGUCGGAGAGACUCCAAGAGAAGAGACAGCGCGCCGCUGCCGAGCAGAAUCCGGUGGGACGUGCCAUGCAUCCCUUCGGCAUCCCUCAGGCUCUUCAUCCUCAGCUGCCUCCGGAGAUGUCGAACUUUCUGGACGACGACGAAGACGAUGCCGACCUGGCACACGAGCUCUCAGCAGAGGAGAUUGCGAGACUGACAGCCGGGAGAGUCUCGUCUUACACCACCGAGCUGGCAGACUGUGGAGUCCGGACGCCUCAGGGACCCCGCUCGGGCGUGGGUUGCUGCAUGGCUAUGUACCCCUCGGUCAAUGCUAUCUUGGUUGGUGUGAGUCUGAGCGUUCCUGUGGAGCUGAACGGUUUCACAGCUACCUAG